AAGACUUAGCCCUGUCUGAAGUCAGAGCUGAGAAGUCCAAGACCUCGUGACAUCGCCAAGUUAGAAGACAGCGGCUGCUUGCGGAUUCGGUGGAGAUUGGUGAGCGUGUUUGCACACGAAAAAACAAAUGAGAGGUCAUGAAAGGGCAUAGAAUAGUGGGAAGCGUUUGGUCCAGUCAUGUGUUUUGUGGUUGGUUUCGACGGCAACAUGUGGACUUUUGAACUACGCAGUGCUGUUGGGCGUGCCACCGCCGCAAACUUGGCAGGUGGAGAUGUUGGAACAGAGAGCAGCAGAGAAGGAGCGUGCAUUGCAGCAUGAGGUGGAAAUUCUUCGGAAGCAGAGAGACACGCAGGUGGCUUCUUUGAGAGCUCAGCUGGAGUUUCAGACCACGGAGCUGAAGCAGACGUCAGAGCAAGAGGUCUCCUUGUUGAAGCAAGAGUUUGAGCGCAGAGAGCGAUCGCUCCAACAAAUGUUGGAGCAGGCCCGCUUGGGACAAGAGGAGGAGACACGGACGGCGGAAAUGCAGCUGGCCAUGAAGUUGAAGCGUCAAGAAGAAUUGCUGAAGGCCUCAGAUGUCAAGAUCAAGUCCCUAGAAGAGAGCGGCCAGCGGCAACAGGAGCUUUAUGAGCGACAUGUGGGGCAGCUCACGCAGCAGAUGAGAAGCAGCCAGGAGAACUUCAGGUCACAACUGUCCAUCGCCCAAUCUGAAAACGACGAACAACUACAGGCGGCCAUUGCCAAGCUGGGCGAAGUGGAGAAGACUAACAAGUCAGAACUGGAGCGGGUCAGAGCCGAAGUGGAGCAGGAGCGUGAAGAACAAGCCGCCAAAUUGGCACAGGCCGAGGCGCUGAGCCAACAGCUGGUCGCCUUGCAGCGUGAGAUCGACGAGCUCCGGAAGCAGCUCCUCCAGGCAAGGAUGAAGCUGUUGGACAGGCCACUACGUCGUGUGCAACAAGACGUACCGAGAACGACCACGGCCCGUCGGAGUUCUGCACCUCAAGUUCCAGAUGAGGCCUAUCUCAACACCCGCCGCAAGUCAGCACGAAUCUUGAUGUUGCCACCCAAGCUGCAGGCCGAGGCGCCCAAGAGCGAAGUGGUGCCGAAGAAGCCUGCAAAGCCCGCCCUGCGGCGCCGCACCACCUUUGCUGUUGCACCCCGCGGGAUGGACGCCGAGACCUUGCCAUUGAGAUUCCUCAUUGGAGGAGACGCUUUGGUGGCGAAGGCCAAGCCAUCAGGCGGCCAGUUGCUACGGCCAAGUUUGAGGAAAGGAACCCAGACCCUCGAAGGCCCUGUCUCUGUGUGGCAACGAAUCGACUGCGCAGGCCUUCCCACUGCAAAGCCUUCGGAGGGCGCCGUGACGGUCCUUUGCUUCUGCGAGAGCCAUGACCCGGCAGAUCGCUAUGAGCUCUUGGCCGUGGGCUGCAAGAGCGGUACCUUGUCCAUCUUCCGCAUCCGCCGUACUGCCCUGGAGCGGGGCAUGGAGGAAGAGGAGGAAGGUGAGGACAUUCAGGUGGUAGCCAAAGAGCAGGCCCAUGCCAAGGCCAUUACGUCGAUGUGUUUUAGCGCCGGAGGAGAUCACAUCAUCACCAGCUCUUCAGACUGGAACGUUCGGGUCUACAGCAUCAAGGAAGAGCGCUUCACCGAGGAGUUCACCGAUACUUCCUUGGUGGUUUGCGCACUGAGCCUUCCAAAACCCGGUGCCUUGAUCACCGCUAACGCUAAUGCGGUGCUCCAGCUUCGUGGGUUGAAGGCCGAGAAUCAGAAGGUACGCUUGGACCACUAUGCACGUUCCAUGAUGCUGGCCUUAGGAGGCCGGCGCCUGUUGGCGGGCACCAGCCGGGGCCAUGUCCACUUCUUCGAGAUCACAAAUCAAGGCCUUGAGAGGCUGAAUCAAGAAGGCUUGCAGGUGGGUCAGAACCAAGCAGCGUUGACUUGUUUGACGUUGGCGCCUUGCCCAGAGAACCCGCCCUUGGUGGUGGCCAAUUGCAUGGACAAUACUGUGUGCAUCAUGCAAGCGAAUGCGCAGAUCACCAACCUCACCAUUCAGCGGCGGCUCUCCAACGCUCACAGGCUGCUGCCGCUGCGGUCCAGCCACGUUUCUGGCUGCUACGACCUAGGAGCCGGCGCCGGCUUCGUGGCCAGUGGUUCCGAGGACGGCGUGGUCCGCAUCUUCGAUUUGGAAAGUUUUACCGAAGAAUCUUUGGAGAGUCGCACGGUGCCAACUGUUCCUGUGGUGGAUGUGGCUGUGACAAAGUCUUGUGGCCUCAUGGCCUCCGGCGACGUGCACGGCCGGAUCGCCCUGUGGCGCCGUGGCGAAAACAAAAACCUGGCAAACGGCGUGCAUUGAGUUUUUUUGCAGAAUCUUGCAGAGGUUCAGCGAAAGAUUUCCAGGUUAAGCUUUAAAAGUUUCAAAAUCCGGCCGUUUCCAGAAGGUUCCAAAUGAGUCCAAUCUUCUUCA